UGAUCUCUAUAUAAAAUGAUAAUAGGUUCAACGCUAGAAUUGGUCUAAAGUCAUUUGACACUUCCAGGGAGCACUAAAAGGAUUUGUACCAGGCAUUUCACAUCAAAGUGUGACAUCUUCACUGGGUGCCUGUUUAUUGGUGGCUAUGAUUCACUCAUUGGAGUAGAUUCCCCAAAAAAUGGGGAGGCCGGAGGCACAUUGGAAACCCAUCCAGAGUUGGCCUGCAGAGUUGGGAGUAUAUAGUCAAUGUUAUCAGGACUUUGCAGAUUCAACUUCUCAAGCAAAAUCAUAGUAAAAUUGAAUCGUUUUACACAUUAUGAACAUUCAGAAGCAGCGAACAAACCUAUUAGGCAUCUAUUGACUGUUGCUAAAUUGUGUCUGACAGCAUCUCCAGUAGCUUGUGUAUAUUUGGAUGUCUAUAUAUCCAUAUAGACAAUGGUCUAAAAAGAUUCCCUCAUAUAGACAUCCAGUUUUGCAACAGAACGUCUAUAUACAGAACAUCUAUAUUCUCUCUCUAAUAUUUUAGUAUUAUUUUGUAACUACCAAUUCAACUACCAUUUUAACAGUAAUUCAACAAUUUACUUAUUACAAUGUUAACGGCUACUUUUCAAACGGCUAUAUUUUCAACAGACACUUUUCAAACGGCUCUAUUUCCAACGGCUCCAUUCCAACAGCUCUAUUCCAACGGCUAUAUUCCAGGCCUAUAUAUACCACCCCUUCUCACCUCUCUCAAAUCAUUCCAUCUUGUGCUUGUCUCAUCUCUCUUCCGAGUCCGCUUGUCUCCUCUCCUACAACACAAUGAGUGAAACAGUGUUUGUUUUGGAUAUGCUCAUGAAUUCGUCGUCGUCGUCUUCAUCGGACAAGCACGAACUAAUUCUUGCAGCAUUUGCGGAGUGCGAUGAGGAAGAGGAGGCAAAUGCUCGACGUCAUGGCGGUUCCACGCUGGGACAGCAGUAUUUGUAUCGCGGAAGAGAUGCUGGAUUUGUUCUACUGUGGGACGACUACUUCAAAGAAAAUCCCACCUUUCCCGAAAGUUAUUUUUGUCGAAGGUAUAGAAUGUCUCGUAAUUUAUUUAAUCGCAUAGCUGAAGCAGCACUUGAGCAUAAUAGUUAUUUUAAGCAAAAAAGAAAUUCUGCUGGAGCUCUUGGAUUGCAUCCUCUGCAAAAGAUGACAGCUGCAAUGCGACUGCUAACGUAUGGAUAUGCCGCCGAUGCCGCGGAUGAGUAUUGUCGGUCUGGAGAAUCUACUAAUCUAGCAUCUUGCAAAAAGUUUGUGAUAGCUAUUUGUGAAGUCUUUGGGGACCAGUAUCUGAGAUCUCCAAAUGGAGAAGAUACUGCUAGAUUACUUGACAUAGGGGAGCAAAGAGGUUUUCCUGGUAUGUUAGGGUGUAUAGAUUGCAUGCAUUGGACUUGGAAAAAUUGUCCUAAAAAAUGGCAUGGCAUGUUUAAAGGUCAUGUGAAUAAGCCCACAAUGAUUCUGGAGGCAGUUGCAUCGAAGGAUCUUUGGAUUUGGCAUGCAUUCUUUGGUUUACCAGGGUCUCUCAAUGACAUAAAUGUUCUUCAACGUUCACCUCUGUUUGCAAAGCUAUCCGAAGGUCAAGCUCCAGAAGUGAAUUAUACCAUCAAUGGUCAUCCGUACACAAUGGGGUAUUACCUUGCAGAUGGUAUAUACCCACCAUGGGCAACAUUUGUGAAGACCAUACCAUCUCCAGAAGGCAGAAAAAAGAAACAUUUCGCCAAAAGACAAGAGGGAGCCAGAAAGGAUGUGGAGAGAGCCUUUGGAGUUCUGCAAUCCCGCUUUGCUAUUGUUCGGGGACCUGCCAAAGGUUGGAAACGCAAAGAAAUUGGUGAUCUAAUGAAAGCUUGCAUCAUAAUGCACAAUAUGAUAGUUGACGACGAGCGAGACAGCGGUCCACGAGACUACAACUACGACUCUAUGGGAGUAAAGGUGGUCCCAUCUCGUUCUCAUGCGGAACAAUUGAGUGUGUUUAUUCAAAUGAAUCAACGGAUCACAAACAGAGCAUUUCACUCUCUGCUUCAAGAUGAUCUAGUUGAGCACAUCUGGCAGAAGUUUGGAGAUGAAUGAU